AUGCAGAUCUUCGUGAAGACCCUCACCGGCAAGACCAUCACCCUCGAGGUCGAGUCGAGCGACACGAUCGAGAACGUGAAGCAGAAGAUUCAGGACAAGGAGGGCAUCCCUCCUGAUCAGCAGCGUCUCAUCUUCGCCGGCAAGCAGCUCGAGGACGGCCGUACUCUUGCUGACUACAACAUCCAGAAGGAGUCCACCCUCCACCUCGUUCUUCGUCUGCGCGGCGGUAUGCAGAUCUUCGUCAAGACGCUGACCGGCAAGACUAUCACCCUCGAGGUCGAGUCCAGCGACACGAUCGAGAACGUCAAGCAAAAGAUUCAGGACAAGGAGGGUAUUCCUCCCGACCAGCAGCGCCUUAUCUUCGCCGGCAAGCAGCUCGAGGACGGCCGCACGCUCGCCGACUACAACAUCCAGAAGGAGUCCACCCUCCACCUCAUCUUCGUCAAGACCCUCACGGGUAAGACGAUCACCCUCGAGGUCGAGUCGUCCGACACGAUCGAGAACGUGAAGCAGAAGAUCCAGGACAAGGAGGGUAUCCCUCCUGACCAGCAGCGUCUCAUCUUCGCUGGCAAGCAGCUCGAGGACGGCCGUACUCUGGCCGACUACAACAUCCAGAAGGAGUCCACCCUCCACCUCGUCCUCCGCCUCCGCGGUGGCAACUAG